UGUAGGACUGUACACCGUAUUAUCUGUUUAUAUUCAUUUUACUGUUUACAAAACACGGCGGGGAUCAGCUGUGGUUUCGCGUUAGUUUUUGAACGUGAACUCAGGCAUCCAAACGUUGGAAAGAAGAUUUUUCUCCAUAUUUUCCUUGGAACAAACACGGUGUUUUGUGUUCUAUCCGGAUGAGAGGAUCCCCACCGCAUUUUUUGUUCCUGCAACGUGGACUUUACUCGCUUCACGGGAGCCGGGAGAGCCUCACAAACGGAAUAAAAAUACAGUUUUAACGCCAAAAAACGAAGACAUACGCAUCGUUUACCCGUGGUGGAUAUUCUCAAAAGGAAUGCUGCUUUCUAAGCUCAAUUCUCUGACCCACAUCUCCCCCGUAGACAUGCCGGCGAAGAUCCAGCUUCAAGUUCAUCAAGUGAAGGAAAGGGAGCCUUUCGAGAAGCUCUACCAGGUCGGCGCUGUGCUGGGCAGCGGCGGAUUCGGCACCGUCUACUCCGGUACGAGGAUAUCCGACGGAGCUCCGGUUGCUGUCAAACAUGUAGCCAAGGGCCGAGUCUCUGAGUGGGGAGAGCUGCCUAACGGCUCUCGGGUUCCUAUGGAGAUCGUGUUGUUGAAGAAAGUGGGGACGGGCUUCCGCGGUGUUAUCAAAAUGCUGGACUGGUAUGAGCGGCCGGACAGCUUCAUCAUCGUGAUGGAGAGACCGGAGAACGUCAAGGACCUGUUUGACUUCAUCACGGAGAAAGGUGCCUUACCAGAGGAGCUGGCCCGGAGCUUUUUCCGCCAGGUGCUGGAGGCCGUGCGGCACUGCCACAACUGCGGCGUGGUGCACCGGGACAUUAAGGAUGAGAACAUCCUCAUCGACCUCCGCACAGGAGAGAUGAAGCUCAUCGACUUUGGCUCCGGAGCCCUGCUGAAGGACACCAUUUACACAGACUUUGAUGGCACGAGAGUGUACAGCCCGCCAGAGUGGAUCAAAUACCAUCGCUAUCAUGGGCGCUCUGCUACAGUUUGGUCCCUGGGUGUCUUGCUGUAUGACAUGGUGUGUGGGGACAUCCCAUUCGAACAUGAUGAGGAGAUCAUGAGAGGACAGGUGCUCUUCCGGAGGAGAAUCUCUACAGAAUGCCAGCAGUUGAUCAAGUGGUGUCUGUCUCUGCGACCGGCCGACCGCCCGUCCUUCGAGGACAUCAUCAACCACUCGUGGAUGCAGAGCACGUCCUCCUCCGUAAUCCCAUCCACAGUGCAGACAGAGAAGACGGCCACAGAGAUCAGGCUGCACAGCAUCAGCCACGAGCCCACCGCCUUCACCCCCUCCGCUGUCGCAGUGGCUCGGUGAUGGGAGGCAAACAGUUAACUCCAGGCUGGACUGUACUGACAAGAGAGACUAUUACAAAACAGAAAGACUUAUGUAAUAGACUUGAAGCAGAGAAGGAGGAGGAGGGGCUGACCGUCUCAGUGCAGACAAGGUCAAGGUGUUAAGGACUACACCGAGGGCUGUGACAAAAAACCACCACCCCUCGGUUUCAGCCCGUGCAAGGCCAGACCCCCUUCGCCUCCACCCUCACACCCAAAACUGCUGGGUUCCCAGUCGGUGACCCACGUCAGCAUCAGAACGUCAUCCUCACUGGACUCUGAUGUAGGCAACGGGUGUUUAUCAGUCUGUAGGAGGGCGCACUCUGCAUGCACGGACUUCCGUAGCCAAGCUAACACAGCAACACGUGCUCGUUGUUUUGCUUAAUGGCAGGCAGACAGUCCGAGUUAUGUAACCUCUCCUUACACUGUACUCUGCUCUCUCCCUCUAUUUUUCCUCUGUGUCACAACAGAGAGUGGGAAGAGCAGACACGUUGGCAAAGAGGAGCAUGAUUUUUCUUUUUAAAAAGUGCCUUCUGUGAGAUUGUUUUGGGGGGGAGAGAACCCUGAAAAUACUUGAAUUUGUGAAAGCGAACAGGCUCUUCUUCUUGAUGGCCUUUUUGUUAUUUACUCUUCACAAGGCUUUAUAUUGUUUACUGCUGUUGUCUUUUUUUUCUUCUUCUUCCUCUCUUCCACUCAUGGGCCUAGAUCAGUAAAGCCUAUGCCAUUAUACAACCACUACUACCACUACUUCUACUACUCCAAUGUCAUUAGCAACCAGACGACCUCAUAGCUCCGGCGGCAACCUGUGCAAACCAAUCAUAACACAAGAAAGAAAAGGAAAAAAAAAAAAAGAAAACACUGGACUUACCUCACUCUUUUACUACAGCAUCCACCUCUACUUUACGCUACUUUACAAACCUCUGCUUCCUCCUCUUUCCCGUGUUGUGUUACAUACACACGAAAACACACCGCUUAGGCGGCCGCUCAUUUACACCCACCUGAAUGCACACCACAAUGCAAAACCAUACCAGAAUACAACAUCCUCUGCUCUUCACUUCAAUUUUUUUUUUAAACAGUGCCUCACAAAAGGUCUUAAAAUUUGGUGGGGACAAGAAUUGUAAAUAAUAACAAUAUUUAUUAUGGCCGCAUCGCUCGACGAACUUUUUUCUGUCACGACAUUUAUUAUUUAUUUAUUUAUGAGAGAAUUUCGGCUGUAUGUUUCAUUCCACAGUCACUGAAGGGCCCACAGAUUAUUUAAAGAAAGACAAACAAAGAUGAAUUCUUUUUUUUUUUGACCAUAUUUAUGGCUUGAAUUUUUUUUUUUAAAGAGCAGAUGUGUGUAUGUUUGUGUAUGUUAUGUAAAUAACAUGUAAAUAGUCCUCGAAAGCACUUCCAUCUUAAUGUAUCUAAACAUUUGAACGUCUACUGAUUGGUGACUGGUUUUGUUACUCUAUUGUCUGCUGUGAGAGUGAGUGAAUUCUGAAUGUUUUGAGUGUGUGUGUGUGUGUGUGUGUGUGAGUGAAAGAGUGAGAAACAUCUUCUGGUUGCAUGAUUGCAGCUUGGAUUGUUGUUUUUUUCAUCCAUUCAAAUUAGAAUUGUAAAUUAUGUUAGAAACUAUUUUUAUACGAUUUCAAUAAAUAUUUUUUUAACUAUGA